AUCAGCUGUUGGGUAUCCCCAAGAGAAAACUUCACGACAUUCAUCAUAACAACGGAUUCGAUCAUAUACAACGAAUGAAUAUACGUAAAAGUUCGUCUAAAAAUAAAUUUCUCAAACAUUGGCGUCAAACACUUUUCGCUUUUUUAUUUAACUCAAUUUACUCUCAGUUUCGGUUGCUAUAGCAGAACAAUUUCUGAACAAAUUGACAUUGAAAAGUGUACAAAGAAACUAUAACUGACCAAUUUGAGAUGAGAACUUACGGUUAUUAUUUUUGUUGUAAAAAGUGCUGCUUCAGUGUUAAAAAGUUUGAGUUUGUUUCACAAGAAAACCAAUUUUGGAAACAUAUGUGAGAGGAUACCUACUUUUCCUGUCUUUUUUUAUUUAAAAUUGUAAUUGGAAAUGGAAGAAUUCAAAGAUGACUCAAAACGAAGGAAGGACCAUCCACUUGACAAUGCCAACAUAUUUUCAUGGUUGUUAUUUUGUUGGUUGCUGCCUCUUUUUAUAAAAGGUUACAAAAUCGAUUUGACCGAAGAUGACAUCUACCAGCACAGGAAAUCUCACGAUUCUGGUCAUUUGGGCGAAAAGCUUGAAGCGCAAUGGAAGAAACAAACGGAAAAAAGCAAAAAUCCGUCUUUAUUUAAAGCCUUAACCAAAGUAUUUUUCCUAGAAAUGCUAUUACUCAACAUUGUGAUAAUAAUUGAAGAAACUAUAAGAAUUUCUCAACCAUAUCUUAUUACAAAACUGAUCUAUGUCUUCGAAACUAAUAGAGCAACAGAAGACAGAAAUGAAAUAUAUUUAUACGCUGCCUUAAUAGUAUUAACUUCGUUUGUAGCUUGCAAUAUGAGUCACAAUUAUAACUUGGUACUUAUGCAACUUGGUAUGAAGAUGAGAGUAGCCUCGUGUUCUUUGAUUUAUAGAAAAGCUUUAAGGUUAAGUAAAUCUGCUAUGGCCGAAACAACUAUUGGAGAAAUGGUGAAUUUACUGUCAAACGAUGUAGGCAGAUUUGAUAUGGCUGUGUAUUUUUUACAUAAUCUUUAUAUUGGACCAUCAGAAACUAUUAUAGUUAUGUAUUUUUUGUAUAUGAAUGUUGGAUGGACUGCUCUAUCUGGAGCUAUAUUUUUACUUUUAUUCAUUCCUGCUCAAUCAUGGUUAGGAAAGAAAACAUCCAAAUUUAGACUUAACACUGCCGUCAGAACAGACGAAAGAGUACGUCUUAUGAACGAAAUUAUUUCCGGAAUACAAGUCAUUAAAAUGUACACAUGGGAAUAUCCCUUCGCAAAACUAGUUGAAUUCGUUAGAAUGAAAGAAAUGAAGUAUAUCCGCUACACGUCUGUAAUCAGAGCUUUUUUAAUGUCCUGCAUUCUAAUGCUGAAUCGAUGUGCUAUAGCAGUCUGCAUAUUGGUGUACGUCCUUACAGGUAACCCUCUUACUGCUACGUAUGCUUAUACAGUGACCUCUUACUACAGACUUCUAUACACCAUCACAAACUUCUUUCCUUCCGCUAUAUCACAAUCAGCAGAAAUGUACAUAUCGAUAAAAAGGAUACAAAAGUUUCUCAAAUACGAGGAAAUAGACCUAGAACCACAAUUUAUCCCCGAAAAUUUUAUAAACGGUAAAGAAAACGGAUUUAUAUCAUCGCUUUCCAUCGAAAUGAAAACUCGAGGCGAAAAAGCUCGCAUCACUAUCCAAAAUGCUUCUGUCAAAUGGCUGAAAUCAAUUACCGAUAACUGUUUAGAAAAUAUAUCCAUAGAUAUAUCAGCUGGUAACUUAGCAGCAAUCGUAGGACCUGUAGGUAGUGGGAAAUCAACUUUAUUGCACGUUAUCAUGAAAGAAUUAGUACCAGUACAAGGAUACGUUAGUGUAGAGGGCGUAGUUUCUUAUGCGUCACAAGAACCGUGGUUGUUUGGAGGAAGUGUCAGACAAAAUAUCCUUUUUGGGCUAAAAUUCGACCAAAAAAAGUAUAACGAAGUUAUAAAUGUAUGCGCAUUACAAAGGGACUUCACUCUUUUACCGCACGGCGAUAGAACUCUGGUAGGAGAACGAGGUGUUAGCUUAAGCGGCGGUCAAAGAGCUAGAAUUAACCUAGCAAGAGCUAUUUACAAAGAAGCUGAUAUUUAUCUUCUAGACGAUCCGCUAUCAGCUGUAGAUACACAUGUGGGAAAACAACUUUUCCAAAAAUGCAUAUGUGGAUAUCUCAGCUCGAAAUGCGUAAUACUAAUAACCCAUCAAUUACAGUACUUAAAGAAAAUAAAAACUAUCUACUUACUCAAAGACGGAAGAAUAGAAACAUCCGGUUCUUAUUCAGAUCUCAAAAAUUCAAACACCGAUUACAGUAAACUUUUAGCCGAUAUAGAGGAGGAAGAAGAAGUUGCAAGAAAGAAAUCUAUAAUGCACAUUAGUCAGGAUGAACCCGAUGAAAAUUAUGAAAUACAAGUACAACAAAAGGAAGAAAAAGGAACUGGGAAAAUUGCUGGAAAAGUGUAUAUGAGUUACGCAAAAGCUGGCGGAAGUCUUUUGAGAGGUAUCACCCUGGCUGGCGCUUUUAUAUUGUGCCAGUUUCUGGAAAGCUCUUCAGAAUAUUUCGUGACUUUCUGGGUAAACAUUCAACAAAUCGAGUCUCAAAUCAGCAAUUCAACAAAAUUUACCUCAAAUCUUACUUCCUCUACCAAUAUUUCUCCAAUGGGCCAAUAUGAGAACUGGUGGUUGGCUCCGAUUUUCCUCAGCGACUUUAGAGCUUUUUACUACUGCAUUCUGGUAGGUAUAUUGGUUAUAAUAGUACUAUGCAGGUCUUUAGCUUUCUACAAAUGGUGUUUGGAUGCUUCUACAACGCUACAUAACAAGAUGUUUGUUAACAUCGUCUACAGUCCGAUGAGGUUUUUUAAUACUAAUCCAUCUGGGAGAAUUUUGAAUAGAUUUUCUAAGGAUAUUGGAGCCUUGGACGAAGCUUUGCCCAUGACCUUAUUAGAUACAAUACAGAUUGGUUUGUACGUGGCGUCCAUAAGCAUGGUAAUCGGAGGUUUAUCUAUAUGGAUCAUGAUUCCAACAUUUUUUAUAGCAGUAUUAUUUUAUUUUAUGAGAAUAGUUUUUGUACGUACCACUAGAGAUAUUAAGAGAAUAGAAUCAAUCAACAGAAGUCCCAUCUUCACCCAUUUAUCUGCUUCACUGAAUGGAUUGACAACGAUAAGAGCUUUUAGAGCGCAACAUAUUCUGACACAAGAAUUCGACAACUACCUGAACUUGAACAACGCUGCUUACUUCUUGUACGUCGGAGCCAACAGGACAUUCGGUUUCUGGCUAGAUUUCUUGAGCGUUGUUUAUAUAGCAGCUGUUAUUGUAACCUUAAUUUUUGUCAAAAGUGAGACUUAUGGUGGAAAUAUGGGCUUAGCUCUAACGCAAGCGAUGGCGCUGACAGGGAUGUUACAAUGGGGUAUGCGCCAAUGGAGUGAAUUCGAAAACCAGAUGACCUCAGUAGAAAGAGUCCAAGAAUACGCUGAUCUUAAACAGGAAACAGACGAAAACACUAAAGAACCCUCAGAGUAUUGGCCAGAAAAAGGCAAAGUUGAAUUCAAUAAAAUGUCUUUGAAAUACGCUCCAGAAGAUCCCUACGUUUUAAAGAACCUCAAUUUUGUGAUAGAACCAAACGAAAAAGUUGGAAUAGUUGGUAGAACUGGAGCUGGGAAAUCUUCUUUGAUCCAGGCCCUUUUUAGGUUAGCUCCGAUCGAUGGUAGAAUUCUUAUUGAUGAUGUUGAUACGAAGGAUAUCGCGUUGAACAGACUCAGAUCGAAGAUAUCAAUAAUUCCACAGGAACCGGUUCUAUUUUCUGGAACUCUAAGAAAGAAUUUGGAUCCUUUUGAUGAAUAUAAAGAUGAGAUUCUUUGGAAUGCGCUGGAAGAAGUAGAACUCAAACAUGCAGUGGACGAAUUACCAUCAGGUUUAGACAGUAAAAUGGCUGAAGGGGGUUCUAAUUUCAGCGUUGGUCAAAGACAGCUUGUUUGUCUAGCUAGAGCCAUAGUGCGAAACAACAAAAUCUUAGUACUAGACGAAGCUACAGCUAACGUAGAUCCACAUACCGAUGGCUUGAUACAAACAACCAUUAGGACCAAGUUUGCAAAUUGUACGGUAUUAACUAUUGCCCAUAGAUUGCAUACUAUCAUGGAUUCCGAUAAAGUUUUGGUCAUGGACGCCGGUGAAGCUGUGGAAUUUGACCAUCCACAUACACUUUUACAAGACCAAAAUGGAGUUUUUUAUUCCCUAGUGAUGGAGACUGGCAAUGCUACUUUUAAAUAUUUGAAAGGCAUUGCAGCUAAAAGUAAAAAGACUUUAUAUUAAUAAACGUUUAUUAUUAGGUAUUUAAAUCAAUUUUAUUUUAUAAAUAAUCAUUCAAAAACUUAUUUUUUUUAAAUAUAUUUUUCCAAAAUUCCAAAGUUUGUUUUUCUAUUUUGGAUUCCAUUUUUAAAGUGUCUCCUAUUAUUAGGGUCUCUAAAUUUGCAGGAUCUUCAACAGGUUUCCAUUUAACUUCAAAUUCUUUUAAUUUAGGUGUGGGAUUGCUGUAUUUGGCGAAAUUUGUCCAUAAUUUUACGCAUCUUCGGUAAUAUUUUUCUUCAGGGCUUCCUUCUUGAAUGACUGGAGUAACGUAGGUCUUAAAUAAAUAACCUAUAUCGUCGAAAUGACUUACUCCUAAAAGUAGAUGAGUUUAAUAACAAUACAUUACUAUCUGUCAUAGAACUUUACUUACCUGGGUAUGUUAUAUUUUCCAUAGUCUUCAGUGUGUUCAAUACACACUCAGUUGUCAUUUUGUAAAGGUAUACCGGUGAAGAAGAAGAUCUAACGUGGUACCGUACGCUAGCUAGGAUCCAAAGGACGAAAAUGGUAUCUGAGCAGACCUAUGAAAUACAAAUACAAUAAUUGAAAUCCUUAUUUUUUCCUUAAACACUUACUGAAUGUAUGUCUGCUCUAGCAUCACCGGAAUGAUAGAACUUUUUAAUUUUUUGAACAAUUUCCUUAUACUCUAUACUAUCUAAAUCCAAAUUCAUCAUCCAAGGUACAAAAUGGUCGAAAGAUAAUGUUGGUAUCAAUUCAUUGGGUAAAGUUGCUUCGAAACAGAGACCUUCUUUGGAGCAGUAUCCAAUUAUCAUUGGUACGUGAUUAUAUUCACCUGAUAAAAUAAUUUGUCUAGGCUCUUUCCAUAUAAAAGCUGAUUCUGAUUCUUUUUCUAUUACGGGUCCAAUGGCUCUUUUUUUGCUUGCCAAUUCCAACUGAAAUAUAGAUUUGGACGAUCAACAAAUUAAACAAGAAUUUUCAACUUAUAGAACAUAUUUAAAUAAUUUAAUAAAAAAUACAAAAAUCAAUUACUACAAAGAACAAAUAGAAAAAAAUAGUAGUUCCGCAAAACACAUAUGGAAAACAAUAAAAACAAUGACAUCAAAUGUAGAGGAAAUCAAAAUUAAUUACAAAAUCAACAUUAUAACUGAUGAGUUAGAAAUAGCAAAUACAUUUAAUAAUUAUUAUUUAGUUAUUACCCUUUUUUUUAAUUCUGCGAUUCUACUAUAAAGACCAAUACAUUAUCUAUUAAAAAUGACUUACCCAUAACAUUUUGGUUUGUAAUUG